AUGGCUAGCUUCUUCGAUAUUAAAGCUCGUAAGGCGGAAGCUGCGUCGAAUGGCACCGCCAAUAUCAAAGAGAAGCCUAAGGGAAAUAAUCGGAUGCAGCCAUGGGUUGAAAAAUAUCGCCCAAAGGGCUUGGGAGAUGUCACGGCACAAGAUCAUACCAUUACUGUUUUGCAACGCACACUCCAAUCCUCUAAUCUUCCUCAUAUGCUCUUCUACGGCCCUCCAGGUACGGGUAAAACAUCCACUGUUCUCGCUCUCGCCAAGGAACUUUACGGCCCCGAACUUAUUAAAUCCCGAGUCCUUGAACUCAAUGCCUCUGACGAACGAGGAAUAUCCAUCGUCCGCGAAAAAGUAAAAGAUUUCGCCCGUAUGCAACUUUCCAAUCCUUCUCCUGCCUAUCGUCAGAAAUAUCCAUGUCCACCUUACAAAAUCAUUAUAUUGGAUGAGGCGGAUAGCAUGACGCAGGAUGCGCAGAGUGCGUUGAGAAGAACGAUGGAGACGUAUAGCAGGAUUACGAGAUUUUGUUUGAUUUGCAAUUAUGUGACGAGGAUUAUUGAUCCGUUGGCGAGUAGGUGUAGUAAGUUUCGGUUCAAGAGUUUGGAUAAGGGGAAUGCUGUGGUUAGGGUGAAAGAGAUUGCGGAUAAGGAGGGGGUUAAGUUGGAGGAAGGGGCUGUGGAAGCGUUGAUUAGAUGCAGUGAGGGUGAUUUGAGAAAGGCGAUUACAUAUUUACAAAGUGCAGCCAGGUUGGUUGGUGCGAUUAGUCUGAAGGACGGGGAGGGUGAUAAUGAGGACAAAAUGGAUGUGGAUGCGAAAAUGGUUACAGUGAGCAGUGUGGAGGAUAUUGCUGGAGUUAUACCGGAUAACACCAUCGAAAAGCUGGUCAAGGCCAUGCAACCAAAAUCAAGAGGGGUCGUAUAUGAUGCCGUAUCAAAAGUAGUCGUUGAUAUGGUGGCCGAUGGUUGGAGUGGCACACAGGUCGUCUCACAGCUUUACCAAACCAUCGUCAACUCCGAAUUCAUCGCCGACACCCACAAAAAUAAAAUCGUAGCUCUCUUUUCAGAAGCAGACAAACGACUUGUGGAUGGUGCAGAUGAACAUCUCACUAUCCUCGACUUGUCAUUGAGAAUAUCCAACAUUCUAGCUUUCGGGGAUUUCGAAAGAGGAUGGUGGGAGUUUGGGGUGGUGGAAGUUGGGGUUGAGGAGGAGAGCUUUAUUGGCGUUGGCUUUGUUUAUGUGUAA